AUGGCGGAAGGCCGGGCGGGCGAGGAGGGUACGGGCGAGGCUCCUCUGCUCCUUCCACGGGCCGUGGUCGGAGUUGAAUAUGCCGUUGCCGAGGAUGUCGAAGAUCUGGCGGAAGGCGGGGCCCUUGGGGAAGUUCCGGAAGUUUCCGGUGAGGACGUGGUGAACGUUGGCGGGGUCCACCGUGCAGAGCAUGGACAUGCCGGAGAACGGUGGGCCCCGGAAGCGGAAGGUUCCGCGCUCGGAUUUGGCGAAGGUUUCUGUGCAGGCAUCGUGAAUUUGGCCCACGUUGAGGAGGAGUGA